AUGGAGGAGGAGGCUGGGGAUGCCCCACGGGAGCGCUGUGACGUCCACGUGCUCACCCAGAACAGCUGUCAGCACUGCUUCUACCCUGAGGAGGCCCUCGGGGCAAGGCACCAGGAGCCCAGGAGCCCUCCCAGUGCCGAGGCGCCCUACUGCGACCUGCCACGCUGCCCACCGGCCCUGGAGAACCCUCUCAGCACCUCGACCUCUGGCGGCCAGUCUGUGGUGGGCCCAGACCUCAGGCCAGAGCCCAAGAGGGGCCUGUCCCCCUCUGUGGGGCUCCCUGAAGAGGGCCCUGCUGCCCCCCGGAGCAGGAGCCCUGAGCUCGAGGCGGUCCCCUACCUGGAGAGCCUGACCUCCGCCCUGUGCAGCAGCUGUGACGAAAGCCCUGGCUUGGACCCCAGCUCCAGCCCUGAGUGCGACACCCCCGAUGGUACCAGCAACUCGUCCUCUGUGGACUCGGACAGUGUCGGGAGGCAGGAGGAGGCCCCCAGCUGCGAGGAGCGCCCCGUGAUGAUCCCACGGAGGCCCCAGGAGGGGCCGAGAGCUGACAGUACCCGAAGGGCUCCGUCUUUCCUCACCAGGUCCCCUGCGGGCGGAGACACUGCAGGCCAGAGAAAGGAGGAUGCCGGUGGUGGGAGCCGGAGUGCUGGUCAGCACUGGGCGAAGCUGCGAGGAGAAAGUGGAUACUUCUCGCUGGAGCGGCCCCGGGCGGCACCGGCCCAGGCUUCCUGUGCACCGCCACAGAGUGGACACCGAGGCACCAUCCACCAAGCUUCCCCUGCCCAGGCAGCUUCUGCACCACGCGACACCCCCCGGGCCUCCUCUCCUUCCCGAACCACCCAAAGGGACAAACCCUGGAUGCCAUCCACUCAGCAUGACACUCCCAGGACCUCAUCCACACAACAGAACACCCCCAGAGCUUCUUCUCCCUCAAGAAUCACCCAACGGGAUAACCCCAAAACCUCUUCUACACAACGGAGCAGUCAACUAUCCUCUCCCCCAAGAACCACCCAAGACAAUCCCAAAACCUCUUCAAUCCAACUGGACAACCUCCAAACCUCUUUUCCUACUUGUACUCCCCAUCGGGGAAACACCAGAACAUCCUGUGCUCAACAGGACAACCCCAGAGCCUGCUCUCCCAACCAAGCCACCCAACGGGACAACCUCAGGACAUCCUAUGCUCAACAGGACAACCCCAGAGCCCCCUCUCCCAACCGAAUGACCCAACGAGACAAACCAAGGAUGUCCUGUGCCACACGGGACAACCCCAGAGCCCCCUCCCCCAACCAAAAGACCCAACAGGACAACCCCAGGACAUCCUGUGGCCAACGGGACAACCCCAGAGCUUCCUCUCCCCACCGAGCCACCCAACAGGACAACCCCACGGCCUCCUCUCCCAACCGAAUGACCCAACGGGAAAACCCCAAGAUAUCCCGUGCCCCACGGGACAACCCCAGAGCCUCCUCUCCCAGCCGAAACACCCAGCAGGACAACCCCAGGAUGUCCUGUGCCCAACAGAACACCCCCAGAGCCUCUUCUACCCAACGAGACAACCCAAAAGCUUCUUGUAGCAAAUGGGAUAACUUGAGAAUCGCAUGUACCCAACGGGACAACACUAGAACCUCCUCCCCUCAAUGCUACACCCCAAAAAACAAUCCUGGGCCAUCAUCUCCCCACCGUUCCACUCACAAGAACAAUUCCAGGAAUCCCUCUCCCCAUCGAACGAACAAAGACAUCCCCUGGGCAUCCUUUCCCCUCCGGCCCACUCAGAGCGAUGGCCCACGCACCUCUUCCCCAUCUCGCUCCAAGCAAAGUGAGGUUCCCUGGGCCUCCAUUGCCCUCCGGCCAACCCAAGGUGACAGAUCUCAGACCUCAUGUUCCACCAAACCAGCCCACUCCUCCUCUGGCCCUACCCAGCACAAUUCGCCAUCCCAGACCACCUCUUCCUCCCAUAACCCAAGCCAUCAGAGUGCCCCCCGGACCUCCGCGCCUCUGUUUCCCAUUACCCGCAGUGCUCCUCAGACUUCUUCGGAGUCCUCCCAGCCCCCAUGCACUGUGUGCAUUGGGCACCGGGAUGCCCCUCGGGCCUCCUCGCCUCCUCGCCACUUGCAACAUGACCCCUUCCCCUUCUUCCCAGACCCUCAUGCAUCUGAGAGUGAACCACCCCACCACGAGCCCCCCUAUAUACCACCUGCUGUGUGCAUUGGGCACCGUGAUGCCCCCCGGGCAUCCUCGCCUCCCCGCCACACUCAGUUCGACCCCUUCCCCUUCCUCCCAGAAACAUCAGAUGCUGAGCGUCAGCCCCCCCAGCAUGACCCUCCUCAGUUUCCCCCGCCUGUGUGUAUUGGGUACCGCCAUGCUCCCCGGGCCUCUUCCCCACCACGCCAGGCCCCAGAACCCUCGCUCUUGUUCCAGGACCUGCCCAGGGCCAGCACUGAGAGCCUUGUCCCUUCCACAGACUCUCUGCACGAGCACCGCCACAUCCCCACCCCUGUGUGCAUCGGGCACCGGGAUGCACCCUCCUUCUCCUCCCCGCCACGCCAGGCCCCAGAGCCUUCUCUGUUCUUUCAGGACCCCCCUGGGACUAGCAUGGAGAGUCUGGCCCUCUCCACCGACUCUCUGCAUGGCUCCCCAGGGUCAAUCCCCCAAGUGUGCAUCGGGCACCGGGAUGCUCCUCGGGCCUCUUCCCCACCCCGCCACCCACCCAGUGACCUCGCCUUCCUGGCACCCUCACCACCACCCGGCAGCUCGGGGGGCUCCCGGGGCUCAGCGCCUCCCGGGGAGACCAGGCACAACUUGGAGAGGGAGGAAUACACAGUGCUGGCCGACCUGCCCCCACCCAGAAGGCUGGCCCAGAGGGAGCCAGGGCCCCAGGCACAGAGCCGGGACGGGGGCCGCACCCGCAGCCCUGGCCGCGCAGAGGUGGAGCGCCUCUUCGGGCACGAGCGCAGGAAGUCCGAGGCAGCAGGGACCUUCCAGGCUCGAGACGAGGGACGGGCACAGCGGCCUAGCCAAUGUCAGAGCCAAGCUCUCCGAAGACAGUCCAGCCCUGUCCCCAGCAGACAGGUGACCCAGGUUCCAGCCAAGCAGGCAGAAGCGGCCUGGUGCAGCCGAGCAGAGCCCAUUUGUCCCAGGAGUCCCGAGAGGUGGCCUGAGGCAAGCCAGCGAUUCCAAGGGUCCUCUGUGCCCCCCAGGACAUCAGGCAGGACCCCUGAGAGGGAGCCACGGACAGAGAGACCUCCAGGGAGUGGCCAAGCAAAGCCGCAGGGGACCCAGGGCCCUCACAGACACCUGGAGCGGAGCUGGAGCAGCCAGGAGGGGGGCCUGGGCCUGGGGGGCUGGCGAGGGCUUGGGGACCCCAAUCUGGGGGCUGCCAGAGCCCCAGAGGGAGCAGGGAGGGGGCCCCCCAGGGAGCACAGGGAGAACUGGGGGCAGCCAGAGGCCUGGGAGGAGCAUCCCCAGAAGCCAGCACUGAGGGGCUGGGGCAGCCUACAGGAGCUGUCCAGUCCCCACCAGCCGAUGAACCCCCCGGAGGACUCUUGGAGGUGCCAGGCAGAGUUCUCUCAAUCUCAGCGGCUUGAGAAACCCACUGCCACAGACUGGGGUGCCGAGAGAGCGAGCCCCCACCCUCAUGGUCCUGAGAGGCAGCCUGAGAUUGACUGGCGGGACCUGGUGGGCCUUCUCCGGGCACCUGGAGAUGGGGUCUGGGCCCGUCUCCCAAGGCUGGACUGGGAGGGGCUCCUGGAGCUCCUGCAGACCCGGCUGCCCUGCAAGGUCCCAGCUGGACACUGGAGUGACUCAGCCAAGACUUCAGGGCCAGAGCUGAGUCCCCCAGGCACAAAGGAUGCCCUGGCGAGGGAGCAACCCAGCCAGCCAGAAGACUGGGCUGAGGCCACCCUAGUCAAUGCCCACGGCCCAGGGCAGUGGCCCCAGAGCCAGCCCCAGCCACCCAGCCCAGCCUGCACCUCCACCCAGUGGCCAAAGACCAAAGUGACAAUUGGACCAGAGAGCUCAACGACAGCAGCUCUGGAGCAGACGGAUCAGCCAGGGAGCAGCCUCCCCGAGGACGGCAGCUCCCCCGGGCUGCGGCGGUUCCAACCAGAGGAGCGUGAGGAGUCGGAGCCAAGCAGAAGCCAAGACUCACCGACUGAACAGAAGCAGGCAGACUCGGCAGACAAGAGGCCAGCGGAGGGCAAGGCUGGCAGCCCGCUCAAGGGCCGAAUGGUGACCUCGUGGCGGAUGCCGGGGGACCGGCCCACGCUGUUCAACCCGCUCCUGCUGUCCCUGGGGGUCCUCAGAUGGCAAAGGCCCGACCUGCUCAACUUCAAGAAGGGAUGGAUGUCCAUCUUGGAUGAGCCUGGAGAGUGGAAGAAGCACUGGUUUGUGUUGACGGAUUCCAGCCUCAAGUAUUACAGAGACUCCACUGCCGAGGAGGCAGAUGAGCUGGACGGCGAGAUCGACCUGCGCUCCUGCACGGAUGUCACGGAGUAUGCGGUGCAGCGCAACUACGGCUUCCAGAUCCACACCAAGGAUGCUGUCUAUACCUUGUCGGCCAUGACCUCAGGCAUCCGGCGGAACUGGAUCGAGGCUCUGAGGAAGACUGUGCGUCCAACUUCAGCCCCAGAUGUCACCAAGCUCUCCGACUGCAACAAGGAGAAUGCACUGCACAGCUUCGGCACCCAGAAGGGCUCCCUGAAAGUGGGGGAGCAGCGGGCAGGCUCUGAGGUCAUCGGCCGGGGUGGUCCCCGGAAGGCGGACGGGCAGCGGCAGUCUCUGGACUACGUGGAGCUCUCCCCACUGAGUCAGGGCUCCCCACAGCGGGCCCGCACCCCGGCCCGCACCCCUGACCGCCCAGCCAAGCAGGAGGAGCUGGAGCGGGACUUGGCCCAGCGCUCUGAGGAACGGCGCAAGUGGUUUGAGGCCACAGACAGCAGGUCCCCAGAGACGUCUGCUGGAGACGGGCCGCGCCGGGGCCUGGGGGCCCCCCUGACCGAGGACCAGCAGAGCAGGCUCAGCGAGGAGAUCGAGAAGAAGUGGCAGGAGCUGGAGAAGCUGCCCCUGCGGGAGAACAAGCGGGUGCCGCUCACGGCCCUGCUCAACCAAAGCCGGGGGGAGCGCCGGGGGCCCCCAGGUGACAGCCAUGAGGCACUGGAGAAGGAGGUCCAGUCUCUUCGUGCCCAGCUGGAAAUGUGGCGUCUCCGAGGGGAAGCUCCUCAGAGUGUGCCCAGAUCACAGGAGGAUGGCCACAUCCCCCCAGGCUACAUCUCACAGGAGGCAUGUGAGCGCAGCCUAGCGGAGAUGGAGUCCUCACACCAGCAGGUGAUGGAAGAGCUGCAGCGGCACCACGAGCGGGAGCUGCAGCGACUGCAGCAGGAGAAGGAGUGGCUCCUGGCGGAGGAGCCGGCAGCCACAGCCUCGGCCAUCGAAGCCAUGAAGAAAGCCUACCAAGAAGAGCUGAGCCGGGAGCUGAGCAAGACACGGAGUCUCCAGCAGGGCCCAGAUGGCCUCCGGAAGCAGCACCAGUCAGACUUGGAGGCACUGAAGCGGGAGCUGCAGGUGCUAUCAGAGCAGUACUCGCAGAAGUGCCUGGAGAUCGGGGCCCUGACCCAGCAGGCCGAGGAGCGCGAGCACACACUGCGGCGCUGCCAGCAGGAGGGCCAGGAGCUGCUGCGCCACAACCAGGAGCUGCACGCCCGCCUGUCAGAGGAGAUCGACCGGCUGCGCAGCUUCAUUGCCUCGCAGGGUGCGGGCAACAGCUGUGGUCGCAGCAGUGAGCGGAGCUCCUGUGAGCUGGAGGUGCUGCUGCGAGUGAAGGAGAACGAGCUGCAGUACCUGAAGAAGGAGGUGCAGUGCCUCCGGGACGAGCUCCAGAUGAUGCAGAAGGAUAAGCGCUUUGCCUCGGGCAAGUACCAGGAUGUGUACGUGGAGCUGAACCACAUCAAGACCCGCUCAGAGCGCGAGAUCGAGCAGCUCAAGGAGCACCUGCGCCUGGCCAUGGCCGCCCUGCAGGAGAAGGAGGCGGCACGGAACAGUCUGGCUGAGUAGAGGUUCUCCUGCUCCAGCCCAGCUGUGGCCCUCCAGCCCAGGGGACCUGCCGCCACCUUCCCUGCUGGGCGGAAGUCAGAAGCCAAGCUUUCUCCCCACCCUCUGUGGGCCGCAUGUGCACUCACACCCACCACACACACACUGACACACAUGCACGCACGCACGCACACACACACACACACACUCUGCAUAUCUGAGCGCGCCCCUCGCACUGGGUCUGACUUUGCACCUUCUUCAGGAUUUUAUAUGUGAAGAGAUUUUUAUAGAGAUUUCCCCCCCUUUUUUUUUCUCCAAAACACUUUAUACUUUUUUAAAAAGCAAUCCUGGUGGCCGUGAGCCUCCAGCACCACCUCCCCCUGUCUCUAGCUGAACUCUGUUGGGGCUUCUGGGCCGGCGGCGCUGCCCAAGGGUCUGUGGAGGCCCAGGCCACAGCCAGGGCAGGUCGACUCUAGUGGGGAGGGGCAGGGAGCCAGCCCCCUCUUCCUACCCUACCUCCUACUAACUAUUCCUGCCCAGGGUGGACCCAAACCCCGGGACUCUGGACAGAGGGAGCCAGCAGCUGUGCCCACAGCCGAACCUCCCCUUCUUUGGGGUGCUGGGCGUGGCACCGCUGGAGCCACCAAUGAAGACAUUUCUCUCCAUGGACCUUCUUAACUUAAUAAAAUGUCCUAGCAGC